AUGAUCGCCCAAGCACUCAAGUCAUCAAUGGGAAAUGCUAUCGAGCACGCCAACGCUGGUCAACUCAAUCCACGGGAAGACGCCGCCGCUCCACUACCGAAGGUUCCAUCUUUUGCGAUUAGUGAAUAUCGUUCGACAGAAGGUUCGUCCGUCUCAGACUAUUUUAAACGGUUCGAAUGGGCAUUGCAGUUAAGCCAUAUACGUGAAGCCCAGUACGCGAAUUUUGCUAGAGUUCAUAUGGGAGAUCAGAUAAAUUUGAACCGCCUCUUCAGUAUCGAUACGUCUGUUAAAACAAUCACAAGCACCGAACUAACACCGGAUCAAGCUGCACAACUGUCGGAACUCUUGGACAACUACAAUUGCAUUUUCAGUGACGUCCCCGGUAAGCUGGUAGGACCGCCAGCAAAAUGCAGCAAAACGCGAUGGUUUUACGAAAAAGUGGAUUACUCGGAAUGGGCAUCCCCGACUCACAUCGUCGUCAAGAAAAACGGAAAUCUGCGAAUCACUGGUAAUUAUAAACCAACCGUCAACCCAAGAAUGAUAGUGGAUGAGCGCCUCAUACCGAAAGUUGAAACCAUCUUCAACAAAAUGAAAGGCGCUGCCCUGUUUUGUCAUUUGGAUGUAACCGAUGCAUAUACCCAUCUGCCUAUCGAUAACGAAUUCCAAAAGGCAUAUCAGGACUUGAAACAGAUUCUAAUCUCCCCGCAAGUCUUGAUGCAGUACGACCCAGCAUUACCGUUAAUUCUAGCAACAGAUGCUAGCCAAAGUGGUCUCGGAGCAGUAUUGUCCCACCGUCUAUCCAUUGGAACAGAGCGACCAAUUGCGUACGCUAGCUGCACUAUGUCAAAAACAGAGCAAAGAUAUCCGCAAAUCGACAAAGAGGCUCUUGUCAUAGUAUGGGCAGUGAAAAAGUUUUUCCACUAUUUAUACGCCCGUAAGUUCACCUUGAUUACGGAUCAUAAGCCUCUCACGCAGAUUUUAAGCCCAGAAAAAUCACUCCCUACGCUCUGUAUAAGUCGAAUGGCCAAUUACGCCGAUUACCUGGCUCAUUUUAACUUCGACAUAAUUUAUAAGCCGACCAAUCUGAAUACGAAUGCUGAUUACUGCUCCAGAGUUCCAAGUAAAUCAACACAAUCAAAUGUCAACAGUUUUUAUUUGGGCGAGGGAAGAAAUGCCGAUGACGACUUCGGACAGUUUGCUAUACACCAGAUACACCAGCUACCAGUGCGAGCUGAUAAUAUUGCACGAGAGACACGGAAGGACUCUCACCUCGGGAAAAUUAUCCGAGAUUUGAAAUUAGACCGCAAUCCAACGCAGCUAGGCUACAAGGCCCCGGACGUAAAAUAUACGUUAGCCGCUAAUUGUUUGUUUUUCGAGCAUCGAGUGGUAAUACCACCAGCUCUUCGAAAAGCAAUUCUGAACGAUUUGCAUAAGGCACACAUCGGAGUCGUGAAAAUGAAAGGUUUAGCCCGUUCUUUCGUUUAUUGGCCUGGAAUAGACGCCGAUAUCGAGCGUACAGCGAAAUCAUGUGCGGAAUGUGCAAGUCAUGCAACAGCACCAUCGAAGUUUAGCAGCCACCACUGGGAGUACCCAAAUGGUCCAUGGGAGCGCGUUCACAUAGAUUACGCCGGACCCGUCUAUGGUUCAAUGUUGUUAAUUAUCGUCGAUGCCCACAGUAAAUGGUUCGAGGUAAAAGUGACCCACUCGACGACAACCGCAGCCACCGUAAGAAUUCUCGAUGAAGUAUUCUCUGCUUACGGAGCACCGAUUACUAUAGUGUCCGACAACGGCCCCCAACUCACGGCUGAAGAAUUUAGAAAUUAUCUGCAAAAGAGUGGAGUAAAGUUCCACAAACUUUCAGCGCCGUACCACCCAGCUACAAACGGCCAGGCCGAGCGAUAUGUCCAAACAGUAAAAAGGGCACUAAAGGCGAUGAACACAACACACGACACUUUGCAAACGAACAUCAAUGAAUUCUUGCAGCAAUACCGAAAGGCCCCUCACACUGAAACAGGAGAAUCGCCAUCGAAAUUAUUCCUUGGUCGAAAUAUCCGAACACGACUGGAUCUCGUCAGACCGCAAGAAGCAAGUUCCAAACUGGCAGAAAAACAACGAGCAGCAUUUGACCCAUCGUUUCGUUCAUUUAGUAUUGGUCAACACGUCUAUUCUCUAUCAGGAAAUGCGCGAAUGGACAAAUGGAUUCCAGGUACUGUUGUUACUCGUUUGGGCGAUUUGCACUAUGAAAUUGUUUACAACGGAAAACGUCUGAAACGUCAUGUUGAUCAGAUGCGAUACUUUGAAAGCAAUGAGCGCAUAUCGAUACAUGCGCCAAGUUCACAUGAACAAACAGGUGUGGCAUCACGUCGAAUUCGAUAUCACGGAGAAAAUGUUACGUCACAGGAAACACCAGCAGAUGCAGAAUUUGACUCAUCUGCGAGAAGAUCUUCCGUUGCUUCCAGUACACAAGACGCUCAGUUUUUAAAACCUUCUAGCAGUCCGGAUCAGCGUCAACAAAUGUCGCCAUUUGUUUUGCGUCGAUCAGAAAGAUUCCGCCGUCCUCCUAACAGGUUUUCCCCGUAG